AUGGAGCUUCAGGUCUCGUUCCGCGGGGAGCCGCUCACCGUGACAGGCGUUGAUCACGCGACGGCCGUCGAGAACCUCAAGAACAAGCUGGAAGAGCUAACAGCGGUGCCAGUCGCCAACCAAAAGCUGAUUUUGAAGGGUAAGGCGUUGCGCGACGAAGCUGGCACGCUGGAAGCGGCUGGGGUCUUGGUUCCAAGUCCCGCGCAGACUGCUACUACGACGACAGCAACAGAGAGACACGAGGAGAAAGGCGACACUUUCGUCCAGAAGUCAAAGCUUAUGCUGGUCGGAAGCAAGCCUUCCGAGGUGGAGGAAGUCCUCAGAGAGCAAGACCGUGUGAGGGUUCGCAACGACCUCAACGGACAGGUCACCCCGAAGGGCUACAAGAAGGUCGCGCUCAAUUACCCCCCGGGGCCCUCGGAUUUGUCCCCGUACAGGUUCGAGCGCAUCGAGACCCUCCCUGGGCUGCCCGAGGAAGAAACCGCCAGGAAAAUUCUGGAGUCGUUGGCGGCGGACCCGGGGGUGCGCGCGGUGCUGGAGAAGCACCGAUGGACAGUGGGCGCCCUCUGCGAGCUGUACCCGGAGGGCAAGGUGGGGGUGAGCGAUAAGUGCGUCCUGGGGCUGAACCAGAACCACGGCAUGAAGAUCUUUCUCCGCCUGAGGACGGACGACCUCCGGGGGUUCCGAAAGAUCCUCUCCAUCCGGAAAGUGCUGUUCCACGAGCUAGCACACAACGAUAUCAGCGACCACGACGACAACUUCUACAUGCUCAUGCGACAGGUGGAACGAGAAGCGGCUGAACUGAACUGGAUGCAGCAGUCCGGUGGUCGUACCGUCGCAGGCCGCCCACCCGCACCUCGUGCUGAGCCGGCCGGCCUCCCGGGAGGCGGUGAGGGCUUCAUUCUCGUCAAGGAAGCAUUCGAGGGGGGUUCGGGGAGGCUUGGGGGAGACAGCAACGCGUUCACGAAGAUCUUUUCUGCCGGAGAGAUGGCGGGACAGGCGGCCGUGCAGCGACUGACCCCGGAAGAGCAGGAGGUCGAGGACUGCUGCGGCCACACCAAGGGGGUGGCGGCUGGGGCAGCCGAGGUGGAGAAAGAAGAGCGGUUGGCGGAGACCAACGCCAUGGCGUCAUCGGUUUCGGAGAUGUCGGUUACGUCGGAUGACUUGGACGACGGGGUCGCCCCGGCUCUGACGUCGGCGGCAGCGGGGGCAACAAGCGGGGACCACGGCGGGACAGACGGGAAAACAAGAGGUGGUGAAGAACGACAAGCGGAGCGAGGGCAACGCCUAACGGGAGCAAGCGAGAUGAAUGUGGCCGAAGAAGAAGGCGACGGAAUCUCCGUAGAACCGGUGGACUCGCCACCCCUCGAGGCAGCAGCACCCACUCCGUUGGAGAUGGACGAGGAGCCCUCCCCGGUAGCACGGGCCUCUCCAGCACCCUCACCAACACCACCACCGCCGCCAGAGACACUAGCGGCGGCAGCAACCAAACUAGGACCAGCACCACGGACACCCGAAUCCUCUUCCCUGGACGAGCUCCUGGCAAUGGGAUUUCCUAGAGAAGCCGCUGUGGAGGCGUUGUCUGCGUCUGGAGGGUCGAUACCCGACGCGGCGUACCGAUUGCUCACUCCAGGGAUGAUGGAGUCGGGUAGAAACAACAGCAGCGAAGCUGUCGGUAUGACGGCAGCGGGCGGUGGGGCGCAGGGUAGUCGAGAAGCGGGUCGCGAUACUGGUAGUGAGGGAGCGGUGCGGCUGCCUCGAGACGUCAGACUUCAGCAAGCGGCGGACAGGGUCGCCGGGCACGCUGAUAGGGCCAGGGCUGUACAGUGCUUGGACGUGCUGGCGGCGGUGUUGCGGAACAUCAUGGAACACCCCGAAGAGGCCAAGUUCAGGAAAGUCCGGCGCUCCAACGGGAAGUUCAAGGCGUCUGUAGGGGCCGUGGCCGGAGGGGUGGACUUGCUCCUCGCGGCCGGUUUCGAGGAGAGGGGCGACGACCAGCUGGAGCUCGGCAGGCAGGACCCCGGUCUCAUCUGGUUGGCCAAGAGCACGGUGGAGGCGUGGCAAGAGCGACUGUGUCAAGUCUAGUCCACGUAAACGCAAUCGAAGCUGCCGCCGCCGCCGGUGGUGGUGGUGGUGGUAUUUGGUGUUGUCAACCUGUUUGCAACAGAAUGGGCUCUGGUUUCGCAACAGUCCCGCGCCUACAAGUGUAGAUAAUUUUCCCGGUAGUGUUCCGGUAGGUUUUGGGUAGAAUGCAUGACGUGUGCUAUUUCAAUGGUCGUCGGUCGCACAUGCGACUGUGCUUUCCACAGGCAACUGUGUUUGUAGAUAUCCCCGGGAGGUUGGAUAGGUUUGCGUCAGUUUUUCAUCUGCUUCGGAAUGCCAAAGACAUUGGUCCGUUAUAGUAUGUUCUUUUCCUCCCACGUUUGGCGUAUGUUUUUGCGGAACUCCCGACCGUUGCUGUUAUGAACCUCUCAAAUACUCAGGAGAUGUACAGUUUUGGGCUUGGCUGGUCUUGCAUCUGUUAGCAAGAGACCGGGAGUAAUUUCUUCGAAUGUCGCCGGAGAAUGCAGAGAGAGAGAAAAGGUGCCCGCAGUUUUCUGAUUGGUCAAAACGUUUUGGAUGGAG